UGCAACCGCACACGAAACUGCAAAAACCUCACGACACAUGCAUCGUCUGGCAGUCGCCGUGCCGCGCCGCCAUGGCGGUGGCCUACGAUGUCGACCUCGGCGCUAUUUUAGUCAUGACAAGAAAUCAGGCCAUGCUUCAGGGCACCUGCCUCCUCCUCCUCCCAUCCAUGUUUUCCCACCCCAUCCCACCGUGCCAGCGGACAUCGUGAACGCCUCGCACCAGCAACUCCAGCAACUGUACCUCAGCAUGCAAGACAAGCCCUGGAACAUGUGGGGAUUGGGUAUUCUUGGCGUCGGGGCGUUGGGCAUGAUUGCGUUUGGUCCGGAAAUGCGCAGCAAGAUGACCAAAACGACCGCCGAAGUCGCGACCGAAACCCUUCAAAACGAAUCGCUCCAGAUCCAAACCCAGGAACUAGCGUCUCAGAUCGUGCAAACCGUGCUCAACGACCCAAAAGUGCUGGACCAGGCAUCGCAGUUCCUUCAAAAGCUCAUGGCCACGGAAGCCACGCGCGGUGCCGUGGUGCAACUGACCAGCAACGUCCUGAACGACCCGCAAACGCUGGCGCAUGUCACCAAGCUGUCCAAGCAGAUCCUGUUCAACCUCUUCCAGGACCCCACGACACUUCGCCAGUUCGUGGACCUGAUCAAGGCGGCGAUCGUAGACCCCACAACGCGCGCCAACGUGAUUCUGCUGCUGGACCAACUCAUGAAGGACGAGCCGACGCGGGCGCGACUCACGGCGCUCAUGGCGUGGACGUUUGUGCAGCCCCCCGUGCAGCGAGGCGUCGCGACCACCAUGACCGCGUCCGUGCACAACCUCAUGAGCAACCCGGACGUCCAGGACCACGCCAAAGAGUUCAUCGGCGGCGUCGUGCGCGACGAGACUGUGCAGACGCAGAGCGGCGAGGCGCUGUGGAAGACGCUCAUGUACGUGCUUACCCCCACGUGGGUAUCUUGGUUCUGGAGGUCGCCACCCCCGCCGCCUAGAGCAGCAGCGGCCGUCGUCGAAACACCAUCGACCACCACCCACCACCCACCGCCUCCAUCAGUGCACGUCGAAUAGUAUUGAUUGGGUAUGUGUAUGUGGUGAAUACCAUUUUGGGGUGUGAUUGAUUGGGUCUGUACUGAUAUAUACCGUCUCCAAGAUAACGUUAUCGCAGAGAAUAGCAAGAGGAUUCAACAUGGGCAAUAACAUGUAAAAUUGACAAUAUCCAUUAACGUUAGAGCCAAAACCCAACCACCUCGCCGCAUAUGCAUGUCGUGGAGACCUAGUAUUUUGAUAGAACUGAGACAGAGUGUACAUUGCAUAAUAUUAAUAUAUAUAUCAAAACGGCAUGAAAUUGAAGUAUUACCUUUUGCUUGGAAUCUUCCCG